AUGACAUACUCGUCGCUAGAACGCAUUGCCUUCAUCCUUGAAAUCAACACAUUGAAAAAGGACGGAUGUCUGGCUAUUCGCGGUCCACAAAACCAGACUUCGGGUGUGUUUCGCAUCGGUGAUUGCGUCAUCGAUGCGUCACGUCUUCACCUCAUCUUCACCUCAUCUUCACCUCAUCUUCACCUCAUCUUCACCUCAUCUUCACCUCAUCUUCACCUCAUCUUCACCUCAUCUUCACCUCAUCUUCACCUCAUCUUCACCUCAUCUUCACCUCAUCUUCACCUCAUCUUCACCUCAUCUUCACCUCAUCUUCACCUCAUCUUCACCUCAUCUUCGAUCACUCCGAUGUAA